CUCUCUCACCAGGCUCACCCUUCUCACCUGGAGGACCUGCACACGGGCUCUCCUGGCAACCCUGGAAUUCCAUCUGUUCCAUUAUACCCCGGCAUUCCGUCCACACCCGGCAAGCCUGGAAUUCCAUAAACAGGAGGGCCUGUAGAAUGACUCAAGGUCAUGCCGCAGAUGUCUCAUAUCUCCUGAAGUCUUUGAUGUCUUGAUGAAAAGAUGAUGCAGAGAUGAGUUUGGCACAGCUGAAGGUUUGCGUGUCAUGACAAUGUUUUGGAAACUGAUGCUGAAGGACAUGAGUAGCACACAAGGUGAACUUCUCCAGCCCUGCGGAAUGAAGCAGGUGCAUCUCGGUGAGGCUGUUCUGGACCUUCUGAUGCAAGGAGCCCAUAACAGCAGUGACGGUGCUCAAGACUAUGUGUGCGGAGCCAUGGCCACACUACUGUUGCUGUUACUCUGCCUGCUGCUGGCCAUCAGACACCACUGGACAGAGAAAGACCAUGUACCGGGUCCUUGUUUCUUCCUGGGUCUGGGUCCUCUUCUCUCUUACUGGCGGUUCAUCUGGUCUGGGAUCGGCACUGCCAGCAACUACUACAACAGCAAAUACGGAGACAUUGUGCGGGUUUGGAUCAAUGGUGAGGAAACUCUCAUCUUGAGCAGGUCAUCUGCUGUGUAUCAUGUGUUGAGGAAAUCUCUGUACACCUCACGCUUUGGGAGCAAACUGGGUCUGCAGUGUAUCGGAAUGCAUGAACAGGGCAUUAUAUUCAACUCAAAUGUGGCACUCUGGAAGAAGGUCCGCACCUUUUAUGCCAAAGCUCUAACAGGUCCAGGGCUUCAGAGAACUUUGGAGAUUUGCAUCACUUCCACAAACUCACACCUGGAUAAUCUGUCACACCUGAUGGAUGCUCAGGGACAGGUGGACAUCCUCAACUUACUGCGAUGCAUUGUAGUGGACAUUUCCAACAAACUGUUUCUAGGAGUCCCUCUCAAUGAGCAUGAUCUGCUUCAGAAGAUUCAUAAAUAUUUUGACACCUGGCAGACCGUAUUAAUCAAACCUAAUGUGUACUUCAGACUGGCCUGGUGGUUGCACAGGAAGCACAAGAGAGACGCUCAGGAGUUGCAAGAUGCCAUUGCGGCUCUGAUCGAGCAGAAGAGAGUUCAGCUGACACAUGCAGAAAAAUUUGACCAGCUCAACUUCACAGCAGAGCUGAUAUUUGCUCAGAGCCAUGGGGAGCUGAGCACUGAGAACGUCAGGCAGUGUGUGUUGGAGAUGGUGAUCGCAGCUCCAGACACUCUCUCUAUCAGUCUGUUCUUCAUGUUGCUGUUGCUCAAACAGAAUCCAGACGUCGAAUUAAAGAUCCUGCAGGAAAUAAACACUAUCCUAGCGGGUCGGAGCCUGCAGCACUCACAUCUGUCCAGGUUACACAUUCUGGAGAGUUUUAUCAACGAGUCGCUCCGGUUCCAUCCGGUCGUGGACUUCACCAUGCGCCGGGCGCUGGAUGAUGAUGUCAUCGAAGGCUACAAAGUGAAGAAAGGAACAAACAUCAUACUGAACGUGGGUCGGAUGCACAGAUCCGAAUUCUUCCACAAACCGAAUGAGUUCAGUCUAGACAACUUCCAGAAAAAUGUGCCGAGUCGUUUCUUUCAGCCUUUCGGAUCAGGCCCGCGGUCAUGUGUGGGGAAGCACAUCGCUAUGGUGAUGAUGAAGUCCAUUCUUGUGACGCUGCUGUCUCGUUUCUCUGUGUGUCCUGUGAAGGGCUGUACUGUAGACAGCAUCCCACAAACCAACGACCUUUCACAGCAGCCGGUGGAGGAGCCCUCGAGCCUCAGCGUGCAGCUCAUCCUCAGAAACUCUCUCUGAAUCACCUCUAAAAUAUCUGCUCCUUUGUCAUUAUUAACAUGUAUUUAUCUACUGCUUUUAGUAGUCAGAGAUAUUUGUGUUUAAAUUCAUAUGCAAUUCAUUGUGAAUGUAAUUGCUGAUAUAUGAUAGUGUGGCUUUCUAUGAAUUACCGGUGUCUUCUACUGUUUAUAAAAGUCAAUAAAAGUAUUCUCAAAUGGUGUAACUGUAAA